GCAAUUCUUAUAAAAUUCCCUUAUUUAAAUCAACGUUAUCAACGUUUGCCUGCUAUUUUUUCCACAAAUUCAUUUCAAAAUGAUAUUGAAGAAGGAUUAACAUCAGAAUCCUUUGACCUUCGCCAAAACAUUGUUGAUGGGGAUAACCGUUUGGGUUUAGAAGAUUCGGUAGAAAUUAAACGAAUAAUGGAAACUGAAGGCCUGACAUUUGAUCAAGCAAGAUUAUUUAGAAUGCAAAGAAAAUUUAAAACCAAUAAUAUUGAUCCUCAAACGGGGGUACCACGAGACCCUAAAUUGGUUACUUUCUCUAAAUGA